GUCUCAGGCCCGAUGCUUGUCGAGGCCGGGGUCUACGAAGUGGUCGGUUGUGCAGCAGGCAUAUCUGCUGUCCCUGGUCUCGAUCCCUCAUCCAAACAUGCCCCUCUUCCCACGGGCCGUCGUUCGUCCAGCACCAAUGACUUUUCACGCACCGGCCAAGGCUCUGCAUCGCCAAGCACUCGUCGUCUCGAGAAGAACCUGUCCGAGCUCACGAUCAUCUCAGAUACAGGCGGUCCCGGCGUCGUUCCCGCCAGGCCCGGCAUGCUGGCGGGUCGACCCAUGGUCCAGGCGAGGCAACCAGACCGGCACAUCCACAACCAGCACACCAACGUCGGAACCCGCAACAACAGCGAUGGCGAUGUGUAUCAGCAGCCCCUGCCAGAGCUGCCUCGGGCACAUCGGCCAUUGACGUCGCGCCCGUCAUCAAGUCCGACUCAAACGCAGGACCGCCAGAGCAAGUGCAGCAGUCGUCUCGCCAAUGCCACUGGCAAAUCCUCGUCUGGUGUGCCAAGCCCAAACCCGCUCCAGUUGUCGAACGAGGAGCUUCAAGCCAGCAUCCAGGCCAUGCUCCAGCUCCUGGCCACACUGCCACAGCGCUAUGUCAAGUACAACUCGGUCCUCUCCAGGCGCAUCCACGAUGCCGUCGGCCAAGUCGAGAGCAUGCAGACUCUGAUCUUUGGCCACGAGACGGACGCCGACCUUGACAGACCCAUGUAUACCCCAGGUGCCCAGCCGGGCAAGGACGAUAAGGUCGACGCACUCGACAGUUACUACGCCGACCAGAUGGAGAUGGAAGACGAUCCUGUUGACGCAGGAAGAGCAAGCAGCAGCAGCAGCAGCAAUUGCUCCGGACGCAACGACCCCGGAAGCACUCCUGGCCACAACAAUCGAAUGCAUGCGCACCAGCGAGACUCAGCCGGUAUCGACACAGGCGAUGUCCGUGUGAACGAUCCUCGUCCCAGCCAUGUCGUCGGCAGCAGCCCCGGGCGCAAUCCCAAGUCCAUCCGACUCAGCCGGCAGCAGAGGUACUUUCUCUCGCUCAAGAUCCUGCGGCUGCUCAAGGACUGCUGGGAUGCCGUGUGGAUCCGCUUCUCGCCGGCGACCCGCAUCUUCCAUCUCACCGACUUUGAGAGCCUCGACCGUGUGGAGGCCGCCGAACAUGUCCUCAACCGACUGCAUCUGUGGAGACGGACGCUGGAUCUGGCAAAGUGGAAGGAGCUCUCAAAGAGCUCGGCGCUCGAGCAUCUCUGGAACACCACCCUCAUUGCUCGCCGGCGCCGGUCGUUUGUACCGGCCUCGGUCUUUGUCGACCGGGCCAGCAUGCCUCCGUCGAGCCGGCGCCGAUCGACGGGAUCAUGGGCCGACAGUAUCGCUGGAAAUGCAUCCCUCGACAAACGCUCUCGCCCGGACACAGCUGCCGGGCUGCAGCUGGGAUUGGAGCGCAUCCUGCACACCCAAAACCAUGCCCCCUUCCCCGCCAAGGUCGUCGCCGCAGGCAUUUACCACUCGGGGGCUGCUCCUCUGGCGUCAUUCUUGCCGCCGACGCCGUCGGAUGAUGCCAUGCACAUACACCGGCCACUCGACCCAAGCCGGGCAGACAGCCUCGACCGCACCCUCGAUUUCGCCCUGGACGACCUCGGGCUUGGGCUGGAGCUGGGCCUCGGACCGGAGCAGAAGCAGGAGCCGGGGCGACGCCCGAGAACUGCUCCUGCCAAUGAUCCUGUCUCAGAGUACCAACUGUUGAGCGAGUUCCGCAUCCGCUUCAUCUCCCAGAUGACCGCGCGCCGACUGUAUCGCGACGACGACCUCGUCGACCUGAUGAACGAGCUGGCGCUCGAGCACAAGCGGGCCCUUGCCCAGUCCCAUCCGAGUCAGAUCUAUCCCGGCCGGCUGAUUGUCUCAUCCAUUCUGAGCGAGUUCCAGCUCGGCCUCGACCACCAACAUCUGCACAUGUACUCGCGGGGGAGCCUGGCAGCGGCAGAGCCGGACGAAAGUCAGACAGGCAGCGAUCGGCCGGUGACGGCUGCCAUCUCAAGCCAGGCAGACAUGCCACCGUUGUCGCUGUAAGACCACCAGCCUUUGAACAACCAACAAACAACUCGUGCAGUCCGUAAUAGCCUCAUGCCGCCCGUCCCCUUUCGCAAAACAACUCCGACAUGGUGCCCUGCCAUGAGCCACAUCCCUCGCUUGCGCUGGUCUGCCUGCCAUCGCACCCACCAACAACCGAGCCGACAGUCGAGCUGGCAAUCGGACGGGCGGAUGGAUUCCCCCCCCCAAACAAACUCGCUCUGUCGUUCGCAGGACAGUCGCGGCGAGGCGAGAAG